AAAAAAAAGUGUACCAAAAAUGGAAAAGAAAGAAAAAGAAUUGAGGCCUGACUGAGAGCAGCCCAGAGCAGAAGUCGCACACAUAAAUACUAAUGAUUCGAUUCCGAAUGAUUGCACAGAUCCCAAGAAAAACCCCAUCUCCCGACAAAAAAAAAAAUAACCCACCCGCCAAAAAAAAAAAAAAAAAACAAAACUGGGUAGAAAAGGAAAAAACCCAUACACGAGAGAGAGAGAGGAAAUGAGGGAGAAGAAGAAACCCAAUUCAAAGGCUUUGGCUGCUGUUCUGUCUUCUCUGAUUUCCCAACUCCUCCUCCUCGUUUCCCUCCUUUCUCCUUCAUCAAAUCCCAACCCGAUUUCCCUCCUCGGCCCUUUUCCCCUCGAUUCCCAUCACUUCAGCCUUCCGAUUCUCCUGACCCACUUCAUCUCCGUCUCUGAAAUUUCAACCACUUUAGCCCGGCUGUCCUUUUCCAAAAAAAGGAAGCGGGCCCAUCACGAUUCCGAUGAUGAGGACGACCCGGUACAAGAGGAGGGUUACGCGGCCCAAUCGCGACGGGCACGACCCGGGUUUUUCGUCCCCCACAAUCUGGAUUCGUUUAAGAUGAUGUUUAGGAUGAAUUCUUCAACUUUCGAGUGGCUCUGUGGAUUGCUGGAGCCCCUGCUGGAGUGUCGUGACCCGGUUCAGUCACCCUUGAACCUACCCGUUGAGGCCCGGUUAGGGAUCGGGCUUUUCCGCCUCGCCACGGGUUCCGAUUACCGGCAAAUAGCCGGACGAUUUGGUGUCACGGAGUCAAUUUCGAGAUUCUGUGUCAAACAGUUGUGCCGAGUUCUCUGCACCAAUUACCGGUUCUGGGUCGGGUUCCCUAAUGCUAACGAGCUCGGCUCCGGUUCAGUUCAGUUUCAAUCGCUCUCUGGACUGCCGAAUUGUUGCGGAAUUAUUGAUUGUGCGAGGUUUAAGAUCGUCGGUACUGGAAAUUCUCAUCCAGGAGAGGAAGAUACGAUUGCAACCCAGAUAGUGGUUGAUGCGUCAUCAAGAAUUCUGAGCAUCGCUGCCGGUUUUCGUGGGAAUAAGAAUAAAUUUAUGGUCCUAAAGUCGUCAUCUUUGUACAAAGACGUCGAAAAUGGGUUGUUAAUGAACUCAGAAAAUGUGUCCCUAGACAACGUUGAUGUGCCUCAGUACUUUGUUGGGGAUGCAGGGUAUCCCUUGCUUCCUUGGUUAAUUAUCCCUUUUGUUGACCCGGUUGAAGGGUCAAGCGAAGAGAGUUUCAACAAUGUGCUAAGAAUCAUGCGCGUUUCGAUGUUGAAAACCACUGCAAGUUUGAGGGGAUGGGGUGUUUUGAGUAGGCCAAUUGAUGCAGAGUUUAAGGCUGCGGUAGCUAACCUAGGCGCUUGUUCUAUACUUCAUAAUAUGUUGCUGACGAGGGAGGAUUUUUCUGCUUUCUGUGAUGAAGUUAGUGAUGAUUCUUUGGUGGGUGAUCAGGGGUUUGAUUACUUCUUGGAGGAUGAUAUGAAUGAGAAGGGGGUUGCUGUAAGAAAUGCAUUGCUCAAAACUGUAAAGAGAGCUUAAUUUUAUUGGAUGAUUGAUCAUUUGAUUGAAGUGGAUUUAAUUUAUAGUAUUCAGUAGCUGGUUGAAAACAUUUGUCGCAAACGGACUUUCUUCUACUGUAUAGUUUGGAGAGAAGGUCAGUUGUUCAAUUACAGUCAACAAUUUUGUAGGACGGUACACAAGCAAUGGAAGAAACAGCCAAGAGAAAAUGUCUCUUUUUUUUGGCCUGGUUUUCUGUCUCUUUUUUAGGCCUCAUUAUUUGGUUUGUUCUUCCAUUUCUGGGUUUGAAGUAGAUAGUUUCUUGGCUUUCUUUUGAGUAUGCAGAUGAUUAAGUUACGUUUCAUGAUACCCAUAGUGUAAAUAGUUAGAGUUAUUGAUCUUGAACUUUUAUUAUUUUAGUUUUGCAAUCAGAUAUCUUACUUUUCUCAGGGUGCAUAGUACAUACCUAGCUGAGCUUUAUGAUGAUGAAAGGAGUUAGGUUUUGUUUUGGUUGUUGCUUCUGGUUAAUCUAGUUCAGCAGUAUUAAGUUGUGCAACCUGAUACCUUCUUGAGGAUAGUGUCUGGAAGGGAGACAAUUUACUUUCUUGUUAAUUCAAGGCGGUGGGUAUCACCUCUUGUUGAUUUGAUAUGGCAAGUAUGAUAUUCUCUUCCUGCUGAACGCAGGCAUAAUCGAUGGAAACAAGAUAAAUAUGAGCAGCAAGUCAAGCUGCAAAUCAGGAUUUUAUCUGUUGAUGCUCAAAGCUUGUUUUUUUGAGUCUUUGUCUUUCUAUGAUUUUCAAUUUGUGACUGGUAACCUGAUUAGAGUCUCGCCUAUGGUUGAAUGACUUGAGUAAUCGAUCCUUAGUGAAGCUUGCCAAACUUAUGGGAACUGUUAGAGAGUAUCAGAGAUUUUUGUGACUGCAUGACUAUGUACACCUCAAAUGCUUCUGAAAUGAGCCGUUGGUUAUGGGAGCUUCACUUGAACAAGGAGCAUUCCAUAACUGGUUUAAGAUCACGCAUGUUUAGAAAUCUCCUGUGUGUCUACCUCUUCUUUCAAUCUUCUUUAAACUUCCAUACUGCUUCGUAUGAGUUGCAUUCCAGUGGAUGCAACUCAAUGGCACAUUCAAAGGAUAUACCAACUGGAACAAGAAAAAAGCAGGACAAAACAAAUGAGCAACAAAAGAACUCCUUGAGCAUUUUGUGUAGCUUCUGUAGGUAUGAUUUCUGAACUCUCGUCUAUCUGAAACUGUCAUUAUGAUAAGCAAUAGGGAUUUUAUAUUUAGUUUAUUUGAAACCUGCCAGCCCCAGCCAACGGACGGCGAUCUGUCUUCUACUGGAGUUAAUGCUAGAAGCCGGAUUCCCAUGCAUAUAGAAAGAAAGGAGAAAGAAUAUGCUUUACGCCGCGGUGUGUGUUUAGAGAAACAUGAUCUCUGAGGGGGCAUCAUUUGCAGUGAUUUCUGCUGUAAUUAUAGUAGUGAAAGUAAAAACACUUAACACUUAAGCGGUCUAAUUGCAGAAUCAGUUGCUUCAGAAAGCGGAUAAUUGUCAGGAAGGACGAGGAUUUGAAGAAAUUAUAGUUGGUCCUCUAAGAAUGUAGUGCUUGUUUUCAGAUUAAGAAAACGGGUUCUUGUAGCUUUCGAUUGCUAAGGGAGCUUUAUUGGCUGUUGGCAUGGUUAUAUGCAGGUGGUAGCAGAGUUAGAAAAGCUCAACUGCGCUCUAUUUUAACUUCAUGUCAUAUUGGCACUGGAAUCGAAUGAUGUUGACUUGUUUCUAAUCUUGAAAAUGUUUUGAUGAGGAGGGA